GUAGUAUUCUGAAGGUUAAAAGUUGGAAGAUAUUCGGAUUCUCAGCUCGAUGUGACUUAUUCGUAUCGUUUGAUGGGUAAUUGUGCAAAAAAGCAUGCCUCUACUCCUGCCACGGAACAGGAAAGCGAUGACCAAACGCCUCACAAUCCACAUGAAGUCUCCAAAACAAGUUCACAACCUGCAAACUUGUGUGAUAGUUAUAAAUCUAAUUCAUUAGAAAUAAUUCAUGAAGAUGGACUGAUUAGUGAAAUUGUUACAUCCAAUGAACAUGAAAAAUUUUCAUCUCUACUAACUCGUGAUAGAUUCGAAACUGGGAGGGAUAUAUGUUCUGGGAGCAAAUCCAAUCUAUCAACUCCAAAAACUUCUCUAUUCAAUAUUUUCACCGGAAGUCAUUGUACUGAAGGCUUUAAGGAAACCUUAAUUCCUAGCAUCAGUCAUUUUCCAACGUUAAGUUUAGCUCAGCUAACAAAUGAUGUGAACGUAAAUCAUUCUGGAGUACGAAAGAGUACGAAUUGUGACUAUUUAGAUAAUAAGCAUUCUAUGAGCCCUGUUCACUGGUGUGUUUCUUCAAGUGAGCCAUCAGACGAGGUAAUUGUACAGAAAUCGAAUCCGAUUCAUCGAGCAGACAAUCAUAUCCAGUCGUAUUCACAUUUACAACAACAUUCCUCAUUGAAUAUUAUGCCUUUAUUAAUAGGCAACAGAUAUUCCCUAAGCGGCUGUGCAAGUGUCACCCGAAGUGCUAUGGAAUCUCCAUUAACGGUCGACUCAGGAACUCAUAAAUCAGACAAACCUUAUAGAUCAUCUGUCGUUGUAGGUUCUAAUCGUCUUAAGAAUCUUGAGCAAAAUGGCAGGACAGUUAGCACCACUGCAACAAUUUUUAUGGAAAAUGUUGAUUCGGAUCAUAAUUCAUCUGUUGGUGGUCUUUCAACUCGUUAUCUUGUUCACCAGCCUUGUUUUCCUUCAAGUGCUGGUUCAUCCAGUCGUCUUAGUUUGGGUUCGGGUGGUGCAGGUACUAAUUCAAAGAAGCUCUACCCUCUUACACUGGAAAAUUCCCACAAAAGUGGAUAUUAUCACGUUGCCAUUUUCGAUUAUGAAGCUCAUACAUCAGAGGAAGUUAGUGCGCGUAAAGGUGAUCAUCUCCGAGUCCUGGAUUUAAGUGAUUCAGAAUGGUGGUUAGUUGAACAUUCUGGUCAAGUUGGUUACAUUCCUUCAUCUUAUUUAGCUCAAGCUAAUUCUGUGGAAGCUGAAGAUUGGUACUUUCGAAGUAUAUCAAGAAAAGAUUCAGAACGUCUUUUAUUAUUGAAAGGAAAUAUUCGUGGAACAUUUCUGGUUCGAGCUAGUGAAACAACUAAUGGUGCACUUUCAUUGUCAGUACGUGAUACAGAACAACAAAAAGGUGAAAUUGUUAAACAUUAUAAAAUUAAACAAUCCUAUGAAACUGGUGAUGUAUAUAUUACAACAAAACAAAUUUUUCCUAAUUUAAAAGCAUUAAUUCUACAUUAUUCUAAUCAAUCCGAUGGUUUAUGUUGUUGUCUUACACGUUCAUGUCCAAGACCACCGCCUGUACCAACUGAUUUAUCACGUUUAACAAGAGAUCAAUGGGAAAUUUCACGUUGUUCAAUUAAAUUAAUUGAAUUAUUAGGUGCUGGUCAAUUUGGUGAAGUUUGGAAAGGAAAAUGGAAUGAAACAAUUGAAGUUGCAGUGAAAACAUUAAAACAAGGUACAAUGACUAAAGAGGAAUUUCUUAAAGAAGCACGUAUUAUGAAACAAUUACAACAUCCACGACUUGUACGUUUAUAUGCUGUAGUGACAACCGAUCCAAUUUAUAUUAUUACUGAAUUAAUGGCUAAUGGUAGUCUAUUGAAAUAUUUACGUGAUGGUCCAGGGAAAGAAUUAAAAUUAAAAUCAUUAAUUGAUAUGAUGGCUCAGAUUGCUAGUGGUAUGGCUUAUUUAGAAAAAGAGCAUUAUAUUCAUCGUGAUUUGGCAGCAAGAAAUAUACUUGUCGGUGAAAAUAAUUCAGUGAAAGUAGCUGAUUUCGGAUUGGCACGAAUCAUUGACAGUGGAAAUGAAACAUAUACAGCGAAACAAGGUGCUAAAUUCCCUAUAAAAUGGACUGCACCAGAAGCUGCAUUGAUGGGUCGAUUCACCAUUAAAUCCGAUGUAUGGUCAUUUGGUAUUGUUAUCUAUGAAAUUAUCACUUAUGGUCAAGUACCAUUUCCAUCAAUGAAUAACACGGAAACAUUACAACAAGUUGAAAAUGGUUAUCGUAUGCCUUGUCCAAUUAAUUGUCCCAACUCAAUUUAUGAAAUUAUGUUAAAUACAUGGAAUGCGAAACCAGAAUGUCGACCGACAUUUGCAUUUCUAUGCAAUUAUUUUGAAGAUUAUUUCACAUCGUCAGAAUUAUCUUAUCGUCCAGCGGAUAAUGAUGAAAUUCACGAUAUGCCAUUGUUCCAUGGUCAUAAUAAUAAUAAACAUGUUACUACAAAGAAAUCUGAACAAGGUCAGCCGAUGUUGUUAUAUGAUCAACGUAGUCAUCAAAAUGACCAUCCUCUGGCACAUAAUUUUGAUAGAAAUUCUGUAACCACUCAACAGUUAUCGAAUUCACCACCACCACCACCUAUUUGUACAGUUCAAAUGUGUUAAACAAUAUCAGUGUCAAUUUUGUCAAUGUAUAUACUACUUAUUACUACUACUAGUAGUAGUAGUA